ACCGUGUUCUUUCAAAAGUUUGAAGCGAGAGCACAUUUGACUGAUCCCAAGUGGCAGAAUGAAGUUUCUUCUCUUUGCUGCAUUCAUAGCAACCAUCAGCUAUGUUAAUGCAGGCAAGACGGCAAGACUCUUGGCAGCCAUGAAUGCAGGAAUGCUCAAUAACAUGAUGGCAGGAGGUCUGAACCCCCCUUUGGUGGCCGGCGGUGGAGUGGGAUUCAUUGGACAGCCCCAGUUCGCUCAGUUUGUUCCUGGACUCCCCACCUUUGCCCUCCGUGGUCCUGUGCCUAAUCUGUUCCCUGCAGCAGUCAAUGGGGUUCCUUUCAUGGGUGUUCCUCAAAUGGCCCAAAUGCCUCAAAUAGGUCAAAUGGCCCAAAUGCCUCAAAUGGGUCAAAUGGCCCAAAUGCCUCAAAUGGGUCAAAUGGCCCAAAUGCCUCAAAUGGGUCAAAUGGCCCAAAUGCCUCAAAUGGGUCAAAUGGCCCAAAUGAACCCACCUCAGCAGCCUCAGAUGGUAAUGGGAGGCGGUGCCGCCCAGCAGCAGCUUCCCCUUCAGCCUGAUCCACUGAGAAGAUUCAGGCGUCAGACUUUCAAACCUCAAAAUAGUCUGAGAUCCACCGUGGAUCCUCAGAUUGAGGUUCCCGCUGAGUCAACGGCCACAGCACCACCCUGUGUUGAAGAAAAACGUGCAAUGAACUAGAAUUGCUUCUUCAACACAUCACAAGGAAGCAUUUUUUUAUGACUUUCUUUAUGUACUUUCAAUGCUUAUGGAUUUUUUGGGCAUAAUAAAAAUUCUGAUUGCACCA